CUCCCGCCCGCUGCUGCGCUGAGCUCCGGCAGCGAGUAAAGGUAGACGCCCAGAGGGACAGGCGGCGGCGACAGGGGCCCAAGCGUCCGUAUGGCCGCUCCCUGCCGGCCCGUGGUGUGCGCCACGGAGCUCGCCGGUGGCGCCUCGGGCUCGGAGCGGCUCUGAGCCGCGCCGCCUGCGGGGAUCGACCUAGCUGUUCCGCGGAGCCGCGGGCAGGAACCCGAGGAGCAGAAGACGGCGGCGCCUAUUCCUCCCAGAGAGCGAUGUGGCCGGCCGGUGCGGGCACCAAGCUGCCCUGUCCCCGGGACUCUGCGCUCCGGCGGGCGGCGUUCUCCGGGAACCUCACCGCCCUGCCUUCUCACCUCGUGCCCGCCGGCCGCAGCGUGCGGGUCUUCAUCAGCGCCAACCCUGAAGGUCUGGAGGCUGGAAAGUCUAAGAUGAAGGUGCAGGCAGAUUUGGUUCCUGACACGGGAGCAGAAAGACAGGCACUAAAAGAAAAUGUGUAUCCUAAAUUGAGAGAAUUCUGCAGAGAAAACUACGGAUUAGAAUUUCAGGUCAUAGAUCUGUACUGGGGAGUUGAUGAAGAUGAAUGGGACAACCCAGAGCUCCAGAAGACCCGCAUGAAGCUGCUGGAGGAUUGUUUGAAAACUUCUGCAGGUCCAUGUUUUGUUGGACUAUUAGGUGAAAAAUACGGGAACAUCCGAAUCCCCGGAGAAGUUGAAGCCUCAGAGUUUGAAAUGAUUUUGGAUGCUGCCAUAGAGGCGAAGCUAGAGACGAAGUUACUGGAAGAGUGGUACUGUCGCGAUGAGAACUCAGUGCCAGCAGCGUAUUACCUCAGACCCAAAUCGGAAAUGCUGAAAAGCAAUAAAAAUACAAUGCAGCCUUCUGCCAAUGCUGAGAAUGAGAAGACCUGGCAAGAGAUAUCUGAUGAGAUCAAGAAAAUAUUUAAGGCUGCUGUAAAACUGUUACAUGAAAAGGGGAAAAUGAAACACAACCAAGCUAAGAGGUACCUGUUCUCAGCUAUAGAGGAUGAAUUUGACUUCGCUCUAGGAAAGCAGACUCCAGCAUUCCUCAAGAAGUGUGUGUGCUACAUUAGAAAAAUUGCUAACAUUGAGCGUUUUGUGAAAAUCCCAGAGAUGGGAAAAUACAUGGACAUAACUGGAACAGAACCAAGGAUUAUUCGGGACCCAGAAGCCCAAGAGAAGCUGAUAAAACUCAGGGAUGAAUUUAUUCCUACUAUUGUUGCAUCAUCUAAUCUGAGAGUGUACACAUCUGUUACUCAUUGUGACAUGAAACUAGGCUAUUCCCAAGAAAUAGAAAAUCAUUACAUAGAAGGACUUGGUAAACAAUUUUAUGAGGACAUGAUUGACAUAAUUCAGGCAACGGUACAACAGAAUUUUGACACUGAGACUGAUACGCUCUAUGAUGAAAUCCUUCAGCAUUCGUCAUUGUGUAAAACAUAUGCCUCCUUCUAUGAGUACAAAUGCGAAGCUCUAAACAUCGUGCGUAAAUACAUUCUUCCAAGUAAAACCGGGCACAUCAACCCUCUUAUUAUAUAUGGCGGACCAUGCACUGGGAAGACCCUUCUACUCGCUGAAGUAGCAAAGAAGGCUUAUGGCUGGCUACAUGAAGACACAGGACCAGAAUCUGACCCAGUAGUAGUUGUGAGAUUUCUAGGAAGCACAGACAUGAGUACUGACCUUAAGACUCUCCUUCUCAGUGUUUGUGAACAAUUGGCAAUUAAUUACCGGUGUCUGGUUCAAAGCUACCCUAAGAAGAUCCACGACCUCCGUGACUUAUUUAUAAACCUUUUGAAUGAGUCUUCAUUGCAGAGACCUCUAGUAAUAAUAUUCGACGCCCUAGAGCAGCUCUCAGAGAGUGACGAGGCCAGGAAGCUUUGGUGGCUCCCAGCUCACCUUCCCCGCUUCGUACGGAUAGUCCUCUCCACACUGCCCAACAAACAUGGGAUCCUGCAGAAACUAAGGUGCCUUAUCCACGAAGAAGACAACUACAUUGAGCUGAUUCCCCGGGACAGGAAGAUGUGCAGCCAGGUCCUCAAACACCAGCUGCUGCGGGUCAAAAGGAAGGUCACAUCAGGCCAGCAGAUUUAUGUGAACAACGCGUUCUCCAAGUGCACACUGCCCAUGUUUGUGAACCUGACCUUCAGGGAGGUGAGACACUGGAGAUCUCACAAAGACGUCGAUGAGUCCUCGCUCUGUGUCACCGUUCAUGAAAGUAUAGAGCAGCUAUUCGGGUCCUUGGAGAAGAAGUGUGGUCAGAAACUAGUCUCCAGGGCUCUUGGUUACAUCACCAUGGCCAAAAUGGGUUUGAGUGAAAUGGAACUGGAGGACGUGUUGGCCCUAGACAACAGUGUUAUGAAUGAGCUCAGUGAGAAUGCCAGGCCAAGCAAUCCCCUGAGAGUACCUUAUGUGUACAUCGCAAGGCUCAAGGAGGGUCUCAGCGGAUACUUAAUAGAAAGACACGUGAAGAAUGUCACUCUUCUGGUCUGGGCCAACAGACACCUGCAGCUCAUAGCCCAUAAGCUGUAUCUGCAGGACAACAGUGACCUGCGGGAAAUGCACACCAUCCUCGCAGAUUAUUUCCUGGGGGUCUGGUCAGGGGGCAGGAGGAAAGCUUUCUGCCUUGAAGACCCCUACUUGAAUGACUGUCUUGACUUGGAGAGCAGAAGUCUGCUUGAGGAAGAAAAGCACUUCAUGGAACAGGCUUCCUUUGACAGGCAGGCCCCAGACCAGCCGUGGGUUUUCCAGUGUAAUCCACUGGAACCUGACAUCUUUUUCGUCAAUCAUCGGAAGAUGUCUGAGCUCUUGCACCACCUGACGAGGUGUGGUAAAACCGAUGACUUGCUUUAUGGCAUCAUCAUGAACUUCAGCUGGCUUUACACCAUGAUCAAAAUCGGCCAGUUCGAUAAAGUGCUUUCAGACAUCGAGCUGGCUUACAACUGCUCGCAAGAGAAGGAGCUGAAGUUCCUGGCAAGCACCCUCCGAGGCAUCAAAAACAAGAUCAUUGCAUUUCCUGGCUCCCUUUCAGCAGAGCUCCAGCAAAGACUUCUGCCUGUUGUAAGUUCCCUGCCCAAACUUAGACACCUUCUUUUGGAGUGUGACAAAGACGGGCCCAAAUAUUGCUCCAUUGUGCCAUUACAUUCAUCCAUGGACGUGACAUAUAGCCCGGAGCGUCUUCCCUUGUCAUCUAGUCACCUGCAUGUCACCGAGAUUCUGCCUACCAGUAACCCCAGUACUGUCCUGACAGCUUUAGAAAAUGGGUCCAUCAGCACGUGGGAUGUGGAAACUCGUCAGCUACUCAGGCAAAUCACAACAGCCCAGUCCGUCAUCCUGGGCAUGAAGCUCACCAGUGACGAAAAGUAUCUUGUGGUGGCUACGACAAAUAACACCUUGUUGAUUUAUGACAAUGUCAAUUCUUGUCUCCUGUCUGAGGUGGAAAUCAAAGGGACCAAGCAUGGAAGCAGCUCCACCUACAUCAAUGGAUUUACACUCUCCGUCAGCCACACCCUUGCAUGGCUUGAAGCCAGCAAAGAUGUCACUGUCAUCGAUCUGCUCUACGGAUGGCCCUUGUACCAGUUCCACUGCUGGUAUGAAGUGACCUGUGUCCAGUGCUCCCUGGAUGGCGUCUAUGCUUUCUGUGGACAGUACCUGAAUACUACCACCAUAUUUCAUUUAGGGAGUGGAGAAAAGUUAUGUACGGUGACAUCUGAAUUUUCAGGUGGGUUUGUGAAGUUUCUUCUCAUCUUGGACACGGCCCAAGAAAUGGUAAUGGUAGAUAGUGAGGGAAGCCUUUCUGUUUGGAAUACUGAGGACAUUACCAACCCCCAGCUAACUGAUGACUUUGACUGCCGCAGAGAAGACAGCGAGGUGGUCAGCAUUGAACUUUCAGAGGACCAAAGUGCCAUUCUGAUCUGUAAAGCCCUCAGCAUUGAGCUCUUAGAUACUGGCAUGUGGAAGGUGGCUGAAAAGUUCAGAGCUAAGCACAACGAACGCUUUAUAUCUGCCGUGCUGUCCAAAAAUGGAGACUGCAUCAUCGCAACCAUGGAAAAUACCUCAGCCGUGUUUUUUUGGAGGCGGGACACAGGACAAUGUAUGGCGAGCUUACAGGAAAUCUCAGGUACCAUAGUUAAGCUGGUGAAAUCUAGUCACCACAACAUGCUGCUAUCUUUAUCAACCAGUGGUGUUCUUUCUAUUUGGGACAUAGAUAUAAUCACAGCUAUGUCCAACAUAGAUAAGACUGGAAAACCCAUCCAGAGUCUGAUGUUACCUGCCAGAGGGGAAAUCAUUUACUCCCUUGAUGGCUCUGAUUGUGUUCAUAAGUGGAACUUCAGCAGUGGGUUCAUUGAAGCAGUAUUUAAGCAUGAAGGAAUAGUUGAACACUGCGUGUUGACAUCCUCUGGGGACAUAAUGGUGACAUCAGAUGACAAAAGCAGCCAGUAUGUCUGGCACACCAGCAGUGGUGAAAACCUGUUCCGAAUUAAUGGGCAGAGAAUAUCUCAGCUGCUAAUUACCCACAAUGACCAGUUUGUGGUCUCUCUCUGUGAGGAGAAUGCCUCCAGGGUUUGGAGGCUGGCCACAGGCCACAGGGUCUGCAACAUUCUGACCACUUUGCAGAACGCCUUUAUAACCUCUGCAAAUACCUUCGUGGUGGGAAUGACCAAAAGCAAAGUGCUGGCAGUCAGUCUUUGGACUGGAAGUAUCACCAAGAAAUUUUGCUGUGAAGAUGGCACCACCAUUGUGAGUUUUAAAUUGAUCCCCGACUGUCCUGACAUCAUUGUAUUUAUCACAUCUGCCGAGACGGUGAAUAUUUGGAGUCUGACAGAUGAAGUGAUCUGUCGCCGUGUGCAACUUCCAAACAACUUCUUGAAAAAUCUAGAGGAUUUUGAAAUUUCUCCCAAUGGAAAGCUAGGCAUUAUAUCCAGGGGAGAUGAAAAUAUCAACGUGCUGGAUUUACACAGCGGUAAAUUACGGGUGGUUCACGCCUCUGGGGUCAUCUGGCGGCAGAGGUUGUCUCGAGAUGGUCGCUACCUGGUGUACAUCUGUUUCCGAAACGGGGAGGAAGAGGAUGAAAAUGGUGUGAUAUCCAGGUUAAUCGUAAUGAGACUGGCCGACGGCAAAAAUAUCGGUGCUUGUUCCCUUUACAAAACCCCAACUUUUCUUGCCCUCUCACAGAGGCACCUGAACAUCGUUGUGGGUUUUGAUGAUGGGAGCAUAGGGAUAUACACGGUCGUGGACCGCGUAGAUGCUGCACUAAAAAUUAAAAUUGCCACUUCAAAUAGCAGACAAAUUUUCAACAAUGCAGCACAGACAUCCAGGCCAAAGUGUAAUCGUUAUUGUUUUAAAGUGUCUGUGGAUUGCUUAUGGAGAGAGUCCACUGAGGUCUUUGCAAGAGACAGUCCCAUCACGGUGAGUGACUCCACUGAGCCCAGUGAGGCCACGCCCUCCAAGAAACACAAUUCUUGCUAUGACCGGGUGUGCUCUGCCCUGGAAUCCAGGGGCCACAGCUAUGCCCCUGACAACUGACACAGUGUUUUUCCUGCUCAGCAGAAAUACAUGGUACAUGUACAAAAGAAAAACAAAGUAUCUUCUGUAUCCCAAAUGGAUAAGCUACUGGUUUCUUAAAAGACAGGAAAGAUGGGGGAGUUCCAGUGUUAAUUAUUAACACGAUCGUGAAAUGUAUAGAAGUGAGAUUAGUUUUGAGCUUGGUCUUUUUGUCAAAGUUUAUCUGGGAAUGAAGUCUUGACAGAAUUUCUAGAAAUUGUAUUUAAAUGGCUGCAUCACCUGGAAGUUAGACGAUAGUUGUAAAAUUAGCUGUGUGGGACGAAGCAACAUAACAUUCGAUUGGUUCAGAUGACAGAGGCUAGAGACCAUUUGGACUGGAAUUGGUUCUGUAGAACUCGGUUGAAAUCGUGAACACAAUGAGUUGACUUCAGAUGAUUGUGCGGCCAUGAGUAAACACAGCCUUAAUCUCUCCUUACACUUUAUAAUCCUGACAACUGUGUAAACCCAGUCUGCAGAUGGAAGGUCCAAAGGUGCAAACUAAUGUAACAAAAAUGCCCAGAUGUGCUCCCAGUUUCCCAAGAGAAAGGACGUGAAAUGUGAGGCCACAGGCUGGGCUGGGACAAGAACUGACUACCACUAUCAUAGGGCUACUGAACACGCAGAGUCAGUCUUCAUUAAAAUACAGUUUCAACAGUUGCAUGCAAGGGUUUCUGUAUAACGGAAUAUGUGAUUUUUAAACUAUUUCCUGGGCUGGAAAAGAACACAUUUAACAAGAAACCACAAUCUUUUCAUGUCUUUUUUGAAAUACCUAUUUGAGCUGGGUGUGAAGAAGAAUUACAGAAAGGGCAUUACAAAUUUGGUCAAAACCUGUUCAUUUCUAUCAUUGUACUAACAGAAGUCUGUGCUCUUCAGUCAGUUGUAUGGAAGCAUAAAUUAUUUCCUAAAUCCCUGCAGUAAAUCUUAAUAGAAAGAAAGCUUUCUCGAUAUGCCAUCUAUGAAAUACUGAUGACAUUUGCCUUACUCUCAUUCUUCCUCUUUCCUGUGUAAAAGCAGAUAGAUGACCAAAUACUCUGGGACAAACUGAAGAUGCCUGUCUUUGUGCUAAAAUAUUCCAUAAAUCUUAAGGGUGUCCAAAGGUUCUUUAUUGUCCCUGUUUGUAAUCACUUUCUUACUUCUACACACUGUAUGUAUGUUUCUUUUCUGCUUCAGGACUCUUCGGAGCCCUAUGAGGUCUUAACCAUUUCAAAGCAGAAGCUGUGAAAUGGUAUUAAAUAUUUUCUAAAAACUACUUUACCUAUUUAAAAGAAAAUAUUACAUCCCAAAAGGGGAAAGUGAUUUUCUUCCUUCCAUAUCCUCCACAUGACACGUCCUUGGAUGACUUUCCCAAGGGUGUCCUAGUGGUGGUCUGGUUUGGUUGUAUUUGAAACUGGCAGUAGUGACUCGAGUAGACAGGAUAAUGAACAAGGACUCACUUGCUUUCAGAUCUGCCAUGAACUCACUGCAUAUCUGUUAACAGAUCUUUAACCUCCCCCCGUAUUGUUUUUGAAAAUCGCAAAAUAAAGGUGGUGAUAGCUUGUGCUAUAGCCAUAUAGGGAUGUUGGGGGGCAGUGUGAGAAAAAAGACAGUGACAUCUUCACUGUUGAUGCUAAUGGGAGAAACAAAGUGAUCUAAUCCAUAGAGAAUCCAAGUCAAUUGUAUUUCACUUUGGAAAACAAUUUGACACAUAAGCAUUCAAAGAUGUGAUUCAGAUGUAAACAUUCCGCUCCACGGUAAAAGACUUGUUUUCAGUAUGUUUCUCCUGGUCUAGCUCCCAGCCAGGGAGGUGGUAGCCCAGAGAAGGCCCAGCCCUCAUACAGAUCAUCUGGAGUUGAUUAUAUGAGUCAAUACUUUUUUAGCUCUUCAGAGGCAACACAUUCUUAUUCCUGUCAUUGUUAGUUGGACCUCCAUGCCACACAUUUCUAUGAAUUAAAUGCCUAGAUGGAUUAAAUGUAGUGUGUGAAUGUUCUGUGUAAAAGCCAAUAGAGUUUAACAAGUGACUUGAAUGAUUUUUCCUAACUUGUUUGCAACUGAUAGCUCAUAUUGAAUGUUUUUAUGUAAACUUUGUAUUGUUGGGAAGAAUUACCCAAUCAGAGAUUUAUAUUUUCAUAAAUGUUACAUUUAGUUAAAUUUUGUUACAGAGUUGUUACACUAGAAAAUUAUUGCAGUCUUCAAACAAUGUACAGUCUUGUGUAUGUAUUGUUUGUAUGAAUAAAAGAUAAAUGACUUAGAUUUGUGUGGUGUUUGUUUUUCUCCCCCAACUUUGGUAGGUGUAGUCAGAGAUCUUCAGUAAUAAUAAUAAGUGUUUGUGUUUACUGAGUGCUUACUGUACAGCAGGCACUAAAUUCAGAGCCUUGCAUGUACUAAGCUGUGUAAUCUCCACAACAGUCUUAUGAGUAGGUACUGUUAGUAUUCCAGAU